AUGGAAUGCUAUAAAGAAGCUAUCAGAAUUGAUCCAAAUAAUGCUAAAACAUACAAUGACAUAGGAGAUAUCUUCUUAAAUGAAGAGAGAUUGGAAGAAGCAAUAAAUCAUUACAACGAUGCAAUUAGGAUCAAUCCAAACUGUGCAAUUUAUUAUUCAAAUAAAGGAAAUGCUCUAGAUGGGUUAGGCAGAAGAGAAGAAGCUAUGGAAUGCUAUAAAGAAGCUACAAGAAUUGAUCCAAAUGAUGCUGAUGCUUACAAUGACAUAGGAACUAUCUCCCAUAAUGAAGAGAGAUAUGAAGAAGCAAUAAAACAUUACAACGAUGCAAUUAGAAUCAAUCCAAACAAAGCACUUUAUUAUACAAAUAAAGGAAAUGCUCUCUUUUGGUUAGGCAGAAGAGAAGAAGCUACGGAAUGCUAUAAAGAAGUUAUCAGAAUUGAUCCAAAUGCUGUUGGUGCAUACUAUAGCAUAAAUUAUCUUUUAUAA